AUGAGCAGUCGUGGCGGCCGAGGCCGCGGUGGCUAUUAUCGCGAGCUUUAUGGUAGCCGAGGUCGAGGCAGUAAAUCUAAUGGAACUUUCGCAAAAAAUUCGGAUGUCUACUCUCAGAAAAAGACUCGAACAGUACGAGGCACCUCCGAAGAUUUAGCACGAUCGCUCCAUAAUCUUCAUAUGCGCCCGUACCCUGCGUAUCAUGACAUUGAGGGUAUGUGGGCUUUCCCAGCCUUUACUUUUUAUCUGGAUCAUGCACAAGCAGACCCAUACGCUGCCCCAAGUAAGGCACGCGUGCGUAUCUCUCAUGAAAACGCAGGAUUUCCAUCCUCUGUGCUAGAGCCACGUAUCCGUCGAACUGCAUUAGCAGACUAUAUCUUGCGCCGCUUGCACAGAGUCUGCCAGGAAAGAAAAUAUGACCAGAAGCUGAAAGGUGGUGGAUGGGCGGGAGCCAAAGGUGGUCAACUCGAGGUGGAUGCGCCCGGUCAGCAUGUACUCGAACGCACCGCAGUGAUUGUGGACAAGGACGGUAUUGAGAUGCGAUUCCUUGUGGGUCUUCCAGCGCAAGGUAGAAGUAUUCUUGGCCAUCUUGCUGCUGCCGUCAUUUGUGAACACGUUCCUGAAAUGGUCGAAUGUGGUCUUUUGUAUGCAAGCUAUGACACUCGAGCAUUGGAACGACAUGUGCUCGUCAUUGAAGACCAACACGUGCUGCGCACCAAGCUCAAGGACCAUGGUCUUGUGGCAUUUGUUCCAAAUGGAGCCAAAUUAGCCCGUGCCAGUGGCGACUCAGAUUUGCCCAUGACAUCUUGUGUCCCAUUCCAGAGUCCCCCGAGUGUACAAGUAUCUAUCGACAUACCAAACCGGGGAUCCAUACAAGGCAUGGGACUAAAAAGGGGCUCGCUAAACGUGUGCAUCGGUGGCGGAUUCCAUGGAAAAUCCACAUUCUUGUCGGCCAUGGCCCUCGGCUCCUACAAUUUUGUUCCUGACGACGGACGUGAAUUUGUGUGCACAUGUGAAGAUGUGGCCAGCGUGCGCUCGGAAGACGGCCGCUCUGUUGGAAAGGUCGACAUUUCUCCGUUCAUUUCUAACCUUCCCAAUGCAGCAGAUACGACUAUGUUCAGCACAACAAAUGCAUCUGGAAGUACGUCGUGUGCAGCAUCGCUGAUGGAGUCUCUCGAAUUGGGUGCAGACUUGCUAGUUCUAGACGAAGAUACGACGGCAUCCAACUUCCUAGUUCGUGAUUAUGCAAUGCAAUUGCUCGUCCCAAAUGAACCCAUUACACCGCUUGUGACCCGAGCACGUGCAUUAGUGGACACAACGGGGGCGUCCAUCCUGUUGGUGUGUGGCUCCUCGAGCUCAUUUUUGUACGAGGCAGACGUUGUGUUGCAGAUGGACCGCUAUGUUAUGAAGGAUGUCACCGAACGUGCCAAACAGUUGUGCAAGAGCAUCAAUGUAAACUCAGUGCCUACAUCAGACUCAUCCUCCUUCCCAACUCUGUGUAAAAGGACGGUCGGCUUUCCGUUGCCACAAGUCCGGACUACGACGCAACAUCGACAUUUGAUACAGUUUGGCGAUCAUGCUCUUGAUUUGAGCUCGACACCGCAACUCGUGCACAAGAGUCAGACCCGAGCCAUUGAAACUCUUUUGCGCCGUUGGAUGAGCGCUUCUCCGGCGUCUUUGCGCACAAUUGUGGAUCAGCUUUAUGACGAUAUGGAGAAAUCAGGUCUAGACGCCUUACAGGAGCGGUCUGCGGAUGGUUUCCUCGCACGUCCCCGUCGCUUGGAUAUUGGUGUAGCACUUAACCGGCUACGUAGUGCAGUUUGGUAUCUAGAAUGA